CAUGUGAGUUAGGGCUGAAACAAUUAAUCAUGAUUAAUCAAUUAUUGAAAUAAUUGUUAGCUAAUUUAGUAACUGACUAAAAAAAACUUCAUAUUCAGAGUGGUAAUCAAGCCAAACCUGAACAAAGAUGUAUGCAUUUUGCAUUCAAGAUUAAAUUAAAAGGUUUUUUGUUGCUUCAGAUGUGUCCUUUACUAACAAGCAUACACUAAGGAAAGGCAGUGAUAUUGCAUUUUAGGCAAUAAAAUGUUUUUAAAAAACCAUUUGCAUCUUUUAAUGUAUUUCUAUAUGGUAUUAAAAGAAGGCUUAAAUAACAAAAUCCACAUAAUAUGUCAUUUUUUUUGCAUCUUUAACAGUAAAAACACACAACAGUAUACAAGAUACUGAGGAAUUUAUAUACAAUUUCACAAUUUUAAAACUUGCAGUCAUGUGGAAGUGUACUUAAAAUAUGAGGGUAUGGCAAAAAAAACAAAACAAAGAAAAACAACAAAAAUACAAUAUUUUCUUUAACUCAAUAGUUUAGAAAAAUACAAAUGAUCUAAAUUAGUCAAGAGCUUUAAAAUCUGGUUAUUCAAAACUUGAAUGCAGCAUAACUGCACUCAAACAAAGACUUUUCUGAUCUUAUCUCACAGAUGCCUAUAAAUGAGGAGGCUGCAAAAAGAAUCAUGAUAAAUUAAACAGCUCAUAAAAGAAAGUGUCUUUAUAGACGAAGCUGUAAUUGUAAAAAAAAAUGAAAAUGCUGUAAAUUAAUAAAAUUACACUCGUAAAACCAUGUAAUGAUAAUAUUUGAUCUUGAAAGCACCCAUUUAAUGUUAUUGUAGUCAUAAAUACUAAAACUGGAGGAGAUAAAGUAGCUUACUGCUACUUAAUAUCAACAACUCCUUGUGUGGUUUUACAUGUUGUCUAAUGUAAAGGCAGGUCUUGAUAUAAACUCCUGCUGCAGACUCUUUUCAAAAACAAUUACAAUGCAUUUCUUUAAAUGCAAAUAAACUGAUUAUAUUUUCUCCUCUUCCAUUUUAAAAUUAUACCUCCUUACAGAAGAUGCUAAAUACAGAAGCGGUGCUGGGCUGUUUGGUGCCUGGGGCCAACAUGCUCCACCGUGACAUAAUUUUGAUUCCUAUAAAACAUCAUAGAAAUUAAAAAAAAUAUUUUAUUUGAAAAAAUAAUUUGCCAGGCUGUCGGAGGUAAAACAAAUGCAAAAAUAAAUACUGUUGAAAAUAAAUGCUAUUAAAAUUAAACUGACCAGUCAUCAAAUAUUUAUGUAAUUAUAUAUACUAGAGCUGCAUUUUGAUCAAGCCACAAUUUUUAUUGCGCAACUGUGAGUUAAUAUAUACAUUUUUUCUUUUAAUAAGAUAGUUUACACUAUUGCACUUCAAGAAACAAAUUAAUUUGCACAAUUGUUAAAAGCAUCUCACCCUUCAUAAAAUAAUUACUUUUCAAACAAGAAAUAGGUUACAGAUUUGUAGAAACUGUUUCCUAAUGUGGCAACUCAUGAUGCCCUAAAGGAGAAGCCGCCCUGGGCAGUUCCCCAUUAUAUGGCAAGCUGUUAGUAUCAAUAAUAACAUAAACUUAAUUUAUUCCUCUUUACUAGGAGGAUUUUUUUAAUCUACAAGAUGCAUCCCUGUAGCAUGAUAAGUCAAGAUAAUAAUAAACAACAAAAAAAGAAAAUACAGAAGAGGAAAUAAAAAUACCAAACAAUUUUGACUUUUGAAGCCCAGAAAUGUUCAUGUUUUUUUCUAGUAAAUUUUCAACUUUUCAAACUCAAAUAUGUCCGAGUUUUUUCCCCUUGAAAAUAUCUGAGAUUAUUCUAAAAUUUUCAAUUUUUUUUUCUAGAAAUCUUUUUACUUUUCACACUCAGAUAGUUCCUAUUUUUUCCAAAAGAUCACAAAAUUAGAUUUUUUUUGCCAGCAAUUUUUUGAUUUUACAAACUCAGAAAUGUCCUUGGUUUUCCUAGAAAAUUUCUGAGCUUAAUCUAAACAUUUUUGAGUUUUCUGGAAGAAAUUUACUCUUUCUUUUUACCUACAAUGGCCCUAAUUCAGACCUGAGUCAUGUCGAACCAAAAAAUAAAAACGAGUUGGGCACAAACAGUUCAUUAAAACAGAGGCACUAUUGUACAUUUAUAGCAAAUAGAAAUGAACUGUGUUAAAAAAGAAAUAUUUGUGUCGAAUUUUAUAUUUCAAGAACAUUUUAAUUUGUUCGUUAAAAAAACAUUUAAAGGGCAGCCACACUUUGAACACCCCUGAUUUAGAACAAGGUAACAAUCUACAUCUCAUUAUUUAUCCUUACGGCUUGCCAUACUGCGGCUCGCGAAAGCCAGGGAGUGCGCGCGAGAAGACGCGGCGGCGCGCGCGCGAGAGCGAGGAGGGGGGAGAAGAGAGUGAGAGUGGGGGAGAGAGAAAGAGUGAACGACAGGGAAGCGUGGGAGAGAGAGCCACGACCGUGUGGGGCGACUGCGUGGGCGGCUGAGGGACGGAGGACACGGAGAGGGUAAGGCCAGAAAGAAAGAGAGACCUUCACCCCACCGACAGAUUGAAUGAAGCUGCACCUGGAGUUUCUGAGGACCCUCUCCAUGUUCUGAUCUGCUCGGUGUUUCUUCUUAAGAAAGUUGGUGUCACAGAGCCGCUUCCUGCCAUGCCGUCCAACAGUCCUGCCGCCGCCGAGCCGCCUCAGACGCCAGAGAAUGACACUUCCAACGACUUGAGUGAAGACAGAGCAGAUCAGGACAGUCCGGAGGAAGGAACGCCAGCAAGUCCGCACAACAAGCGCAGAGUCGGCCGGCCCAGCAGGAAACGCAAGCAGCUGCUUCCUGAGAUGGCGACCUCUGACCCCUGUGCAAAUGCCCCCCCCACUCCGCCAGAGGAGCCAGAGCCAAACCCUUCCUCACAGAAGAAACGAAGGCGCCGAAAACUAGACCAAUCUGAAAGGAAUAAAGACGAACCAGAUGAGAGAAACUGUGACUCCCCGAGAGAGGGAGAGACAGGGAGGCUCCGGAGGAGGCCGGUACCCAGAGUGACUUUCCAGGCUGGGGAUCCGUACUACAUCAGCAGGAGGCAGAAAGAAGAAUGGCUCAGCCGCUGGAAGAUGGAGGCAGAGCAGCGGGCGUACAGAGAGGCGGAGAUUAACAUGAUGGAUGACCUAUUAGAGACCGGCUUUCAAAAAGAGGAGGAUCCAGCCAGCCCGACCCCGCCCCCUUCACAACAACACACAGAUCCGGCCUCUCCAACGGUUGCCGUGACGCCAGAUCCCGUUGCUAGGGGAGACCAGGCUAUACCCAGCGAGAUUGAGUACCAGGACGGGCGAGGUUUUGGCAUUGGAACGUUAGUGUUUGGGAAGCUGCGAGGUUUCUCCUGGUGGCCCGGCCGGAUCGUUUCCUGGUGGAUGAGCGGCCGGAGUCGAGCUGCAGACGGGACUCGCUGGGUCAUGUGGUUCGGUGAUGGAAAAUUCUCCGUUGUUUGUGUGGAGAAGCUGAUGCCUCUGAGCUCCUUCUCGUCGGCUUUCCACCAGCCAACGUACAACAAGCAGUCCAUGUACCGGAAGGCCAUUUUUGAGGCUCUGCAGGUUGCAAGUGUGCGAGCGGGGAGACCAGUUUCCUCCUGUGAUGCGAGCGACGAGGCUGAAGGCGUGGAACUUCAGACCAGACAGAUGAUUGAGUGGGCCAUGACCGGCUUCCUGCCCAAUGGGCCACAGUCGCUGGAUCCUCCAGAAGAGGAGCAAAAUCAGUUUAAGGAAGGAUACCUAGAGAUGAUGCCAGAGCCGGAGGCAGCGUAUACACCACCACCUGCAAAGAAACCGCGCAAAAACUCAGCAGAGAAAGCAAAAAUCAGAGAGGUGAUUGACGAAGGGACCAGAGAGAGACUCAUACAGGAAAUCAAAAAGAAAACAAGGAAUAUAGACGAUAUCUGCAUCUCUUGCGGAAGCCUCAAUUUCUCUCUGGAGCAUCCUCUCUUCCUGGGAGCAAUGUGCCAGGGCUGCAAAAACUCGUUCCUCGAAUGCGCCUACCAGUAUGACGACGACGGCUACCAGUCCUACUGCACCAUCUGCUGUGGAGGGAGGGAAGUGCUCAUGUGUGGAAACAACAACUGCUGCAGGUGUUUCUGUGUGGAAUGUGUAGAUCUUCUGGUCGGCACCGGCUCAGCGGCAGCAGCAAUCAAAGAGGACCCUUGGAACUGCUACAUGUGCGGACCCAAGAGUAUGUACGGGUUACUACGGCGACGGGACGACUGGCCCAUCAGGCUACAGCACUUCUUCGCCAACAAUCAUGAGCAGGAGUUUGAACCUGCCAAAUUGUACCCUCCAGUUGCAGCAGAGAAGAGGAAACCAAUCAGAGUCCUCUCCCUGUUUGACGGCAUUGCCACAGGCCUGCUGGUGCUGAAAGAUUUAGGCAUCCAGGUGGACAAGUACGUCGCAUCGGAAGUGUGUGAAGACUCCAUCACUGUCGGAAUGGUUCGGCACCAGGGACGCAUCAUGUACGUUGGGGAUGUACGCAAUGUAACCCGCAAGCAUAUCGAAGAGUGGGGACCGUUUGACCUCGUAAUCGGAGGAAGUCCUUGUAACGACCUCUCCAUAGUCAAUCCUGCGAGGAAAGGCCUUUUUGAGGGCACUGGGCGGCUGUUUUUUGAGUUUUACCGUCUGCUCCACGAGGCGCGGCCCAAACCGGGUGACGAGCGGCCGUUCUUCUGGCUCUUUGAGAACGUGGUCGCCAUGGGAGUCAGCGACAAACGCGACAUCUCACGCUUUUUAGAGUGUAACCCGGUGAUGAUCGACGCCAAGGAAGUCUCUGCUGCCCACCGUGCUCGCUAUUUCUGGGGAAACCUGCCCGGCAUGUCCAGUAGACCUCUGACGCCGAUGGCAAACGACAAACUGGACCUUCAAGAGUGCCUGGAGCACGGCCGCACAGCUAAGUUUGAGAAGUUGCGUACCAUAACAACACGCUCCAACUCAGUGAAGCAGGGGAAAGACGAGCAUUUCCCCGUCUUCAUGGACAACAAGGAGGACAUCCUCUGGUGCACAGAAAUGGAAAGCGGUGAGGAUGGAGAGAAAGAAGAGAAGAAGAAAGAGACAGAAUCAGGACAGACAGGGGAAGGCAGCAGGGUGUUCGGUUUUCCCGUCCACUACACCGACGUGUCCAACAUGAGUCGUCUGGCGAGGCAAAGGCUGCUGGGUCGUUCCUGGAGCGUCCCCGUCAUCCGGCACCUCUUCGCCCCGCUCAAGGAGUACUUCGCCUGCAAUUAAUUACAAACCAACUCUCUCUCUCUCUUACACACACAAAGAGACACACAUGCUGGUAACUACAAACAGAAUACAGUUAGUACAUGAAGGUUGGCUGAUGCAGAAGGACAGACUGGACAAACACACAUAAAUCCUCACAAGUAAUGUCAAAGGACUGCUCCCCCAGAUCCUGUGUAGACCACUGGCUGACCUUAGUUCCCUGGUGCUACCCUGCUGAUUUAUACACACAAACACACAGCUGCAGGGUUUCUGUACUGUAACUCAUAUACAUAUACUUCCUGUCCAACCUUGAAACUGAUGUCUUCUGGCUUUACUGCGCCGCAAUAGCUGGGGUUAACCUCCAGGGGGCGCAAAAGUAACAAAGAUGCCCCGGCUUUCAGUUUUUAAUAUCUCUUAAUGCAUAAACACACCAAUGACUCCUUCUGCUGUAAUAUUUAACUGUAUUAACGCUUAGUAACAGUGGAAUGAACACAAAUACAUAAAAAAAAACACACACAACAGUUAAUCCUCGUGGUGCUAGUCUGGUGGUGAUGGAGUCCAAACGGUGCCACUUAAACUCAACACUUCUACAGUUUUUGGUGCUCUUGGAGGCUCAACAGUCUCUGUUUUUUAGUUGUUGUUGUUGUUGUUUUAGUCACUGAAUUGUUUUUAUUUCCCUGAGUUAAACUAAACAUGUUCAUUUAGCAGAAAAAAAAACAAAAAAAAGGUGUGAACUGUAAACAUUGGGACCAUACAUAGUGACUUUGUGUAUGAAAAAAGUGGGAAUAAAAUUUCUUUGAGGCAGAGCUUCUCUGAUUCUACAAAAAAAUCUCCUUGAGUUAAUUUAUACCAGAAAAAUUUGUUUUAUGGUCUUCUGUUGGAGGACCAUAAAGCAAAUUAACAUCUUCCUAAAAUUCAAAACAUUAGGUAGAAGAUAAACUGUUCGUUCAUGCACGCACUCAAAAAACUAAACUUGAUCUUUUUCAUGUUUUUGUAUUGCUAAUAUAAUAAGUAGAUACUCUGGAACCACCUGUGAUGGAGUCAGGGCCAGGGUGAAGAAUAAAUAAAUAAAAUAAAAUAUUGAGAAUAAAGUAAUAAACUCAUGAGAAUAAAGUUGUAAUAUGAAAAAAAUUUGCUCUUUUAAGCGUCUUGCAAAAUUACAAGACAUUUUUUGUUUUAAAAGUAAGGAGAUAUUUAUACAACGUUAUUCUGGUAAUUUUAUGACUUUAUUUAUGUAUUACUUUGAUUUUCUUCUGGUGAUAUUACUACUUUUAAAAUUUUAAGACUUUACUCUGGUAAUUUUACGACAUUAUUCUGGUAAUCUUAUCACUUUAUUCUUGUAAUAUUCUGACUUUGUUCUUAUUUUGCUGCAACUUUAUUCUGGUCAUUUUAUUUUUUAUUUAUUUUUAUUAGCCUGGCCCUGUACUUUGUCUUAAUCACCAGAAUAAUGGAUAGAAUAUUGUUACUAAAAUACUCAUUGGUGCAUUGCUAACUGGCCCAUAGUUUUGCAGUGAACAGUUCUGUUAGCAAGUAUGUUUGUGUAAUUCUCCAACCAGCGCCAUUAAAUGAGGUUUAAAGUCAUCAAUUUCUCCUUUCAGAACAGCUCUGCCUCCAAGAGAUUUUAAACUGAAACAGUAAAGGACUUUAGGAUUCAGUAUUGUUACUGCAGCAGCGUUUAGAUUACCCUCCCGUUAUGGUGCAGCUUCUCUCGUGCCUCAACUCCAGUCGUUGCUCAUUUUUCUUUCUGUCUGGUGAAAAAGUCAUCGAGUUAUCCAGGAGUUGUGCUCACAGAGAUCCACUUUGUGCUUUAGUUACGACACAGCAGCAUCCACGGAAAUCAGAGCCCGACUUUUACUCUAGACACUAUGCUGGUUUUCUACUUCCUGUGACUGAAACGGAUAACCCUGUGUAAAUAAAACACCUCUGUUGGGUGUUUGUUCUUCCUUAUAUUCGAAACACAAUGGAAUAAUCCCAGUUUCUUUCUGUUUUAACUCUGAGAUUAACAGAUCCGUGAAUUGAUGGGUGGAUUAUUUACACAGGGGUGUCUUCGGAGAAAACCUUUCAGUCUGGUGCUUGUGGUCGGCAGUCGACCCUCUUUUCCAGGAAGCCUUCCAGUCCGCUGAACCUUGUUCAGAUACCAGCUAACAACUGAACUCAUGCAGUCUUUUCGCGGACGCACACGUACACAAACUACAUGCACAGCCUCUCAAGUCAACCAGCAGGCUCGACGUCUUUUCCAUCGUGUUUACUCUCCGUUUAUACAACCAACCUUCAGGUGCUUUUUAAACUCUUUAAGCUCUUUUUUACAGUGCGCUCACUUUCUGCAGGUCAAAAACAACACACAAUCAUCUGCCGGACACACAGUGGCCGGCUUUUCUGCUUCUUGUAAACAAAAAACAAACACAUGCAUACUGUGCUCUUUGCUGGUCGCCUGUUUUACGGUCAGGCUUCCCAGGCGCUGCAGGGUGAUUCUCCGCAUCGCUCGGUGCUCCCACCCCUUCCCCUCCCAUCGCCGUCCCCCGCCCCCCAGGUGCUGCAUGUCAGUCAGUGUAAUCUCUGAUUCCAUGUUAGAUUAGGGAGUAUAAUUAUAAUAAUAAUAUGAUAAUAAUAAUUACAAUAAUAAUCUGUUAUUGUGUGUGUGUACUGUUCCAGGUUGGUGCUCAGUUCAGUUCAGUCUCGGCCUACAGAUUUAGGGGAGAGAGGCUAGAGAAAGCAUAUUUACAGUUAGUAUAGUGACUUGUGCUAUUGUACUCGAGAAUGCCAGGACAAAUAGUGGGAAAGAUGAGCUGUGCAAAAGUCUCAGACCAGAAAUGAGUUGAAACAAGCAAAAGAAAUAAAAUCAGAAGUCAACCAUGUGAAACAAGUGCUUUCCUGUCUCAUGAAAAGUUUAAGGGUGUUUCCUCACCUGAAAGUCCAAUAGACUGUUUGAUUGGGGACCAAAAUUGCAACAUUUGUUACAUUUUUAGUUGAUGCGGUUCGCUUUCACUAGUUAAAAAAUCUGUUCCCCUCCUCGCCUGUAGUGGCGCUACACCAAGAACAACUGAAGGAAACAGCACAAAAUACCUCUGAAGAAGACACUGAGAGCAGCUUUCUUUUUCGUAAAAUGCAAUCUAAAUUGGAGUAGCGUAUAAGACCACGACGCUUUUACUCAGCUAGUGCUAGACAAAUGUUUGUUUCAGUUGUAUUUACCCAGAAUUCCCUGCGCUGUAGUUCACUUCCUGCUUUUGGAACUGUCUCCAGUCCACUUGGCUUUCAAACUGCACCAGAGUUCACUUCAACCAAACCGAGACCGGUUUUAGGCAGACAAAAGUUUGUUUAUUUUGGUCCGGUUUCACAUUCACAUCUCCCCAAACGAACCGGACUUUCUAGGCAAACGAACUGGAGUUCAAUUAAAGCAGACUAAAUAGGACUGGCAUAAAUGCACCCUAUUACAAAAAUAAAUAAAUCUUAUUUAAGUUGCAAUUAACUGAAUUAAGAGUUAAUUCCAACUCUUAUUUAAGUUGGAAUAAGAAGUGUUUAUGGCAUCACUUAAUUUUUUAGAACAAUUUAAGAGUAUACUAAAAUUUUAAUCCCAAAAAACAUAAUUACUUUCUGUUUGUAGUUGAAUUAAGUAAACACUUCAAAAUAGGCCAAUUAGAAAAUGACAUAUUGAACAAACAUUGAACUGUUUUUAUGUAUUUUUAAAGUACCUUGCCGUACUUUACUGCAGCUCACAGGAAAGGAGUCGUCAAUCAGAAGCAGACUUGGAAUAAUGUGAAAGAUAACACUUUAUUUUAGACUCAGGAAGCACAAAUAUGUCAACAAUUUAUUCAUCUAACCUUAAGAGCUAUCAUGAUUAUUUUCAUAUUUUUUCUAAUAUGUCAUAAUUGUAUUAAAUGAAAGGACAAAUAAAAUUUUAGGUUGCUAUCCAUUCAUCAAAUUUAAAGUAAAAAAAAAAAUACUAUCACUUAACAUCAAAUUUAGAGUGAUUACUGUGUUUUUCAGUCAUUGUCAAGUCCUCUAGUUAUCAAGAAUUUCUAUUAUUUAACUUUAACAAUUUUGUUUGCAAAAAAAGGAGUUAAUUGUAUAUAAAUUCUGCCUUGUGUUCUCAGUGUAGAGAAAUGUAACUUUAAAAAUAAGGCUUUUCUUUCUUUUUUUAUUAUUAUUAGUUUUUGCUGUUGACCAUGUGAUAAUUUCUUGUAGCUUCAUUUGUUAAGGAUAAUUGAAACCACAUGCUGAUGAUUAAAAGGAAUAUCUAAAAUCUUAAGAAGUAAAAUAGUAGUUAAAUCUUUCUUUAACAUCCUUUUUGACAAAUAAAUAAGUUUUCCACGUAAUGAGAUGCAACGAAAACCGAAAAGCACAUUCUGGUUCGCUAAAAAA